AUGCUUGAUUAUCAAAACUUCAAUGAAAGAAAGAGAGUUUAUCAAGUUGAACCUUCGCUUAAGAAGCAAAGAACAGAUGACACAAAGGAAGAUGAAUCGAGUAGAUGCAACUUACCGUGUGCGGUCAACAAUAACGAGUUUGAUCUUGAAAUUCCACUCAGUGAAACUGGAACAUAUGAUAAUGAACUUGUCGUCAAAAAUUUGCUUAUAACUUCUAAAGUUUUUCUUAAAAGAGCGCAUGCAUUUGUCUUGAAUGCCAAUAGUCAUGAAGGUACGAAAAGAUAUUUCAAAAUGAUAAAGAUCUCAAUAAAGGCAUUGUUGAUUUUGAUCAAAAAGUAUGGGCAGUGUUUAAACCCUAUGCUUGAGCUGGUUGUUUACUUCAAGCUAGCCAAAAUAUACUUUAGUGAAACCGAUAAUUUAAACAAAGCGGACGACUACGUUAACAAAGCAAUUGUAAUAUCUACAAGAAACAACUUGAUAAAAGUAAAGUGUAUUAGCGAGCUACUUGCUGCACAGAUUCUAGAAAAGACUAAUACUAAAAUACUAUUAAAAUAUGUUGAUGAAAAAAUGAUUUCAUACAAAAAUGUGGGCCUAAAUCACUUAUCAAAUUUAUUCAAAAUCCUUAAAGUGAAUAAUUUGAUUUACAGCGAUUAUACUACAGCUCUUGUUGUACUACAGUCAUUAUCCAACGAUCCCGACAUAGACAAAGUGAACAGAAUAUUGUGUUUGCUCUUUCAAAGUAAUAUUCAUCUUUAUAGGGGGUCUCCCAUCCAAGCACUGAAACUUUUAGAAGAAGUUGAGAAUUUGAUUUCACUGAAAGAUGUACCCAGUCAGAUCUAUGCGAUGCUUCUCUUGCUGAAAUAUUCUACCUUAAUACAUAAUAACAAUCCCGGAGAAACGAAAAAAAUGAUGCAUGAAAUAAAUGCCUUUAUAACAAAUGAGCAGAAAAAUGAUUGGAUGUCCUGGAGAGAGGAUGGCUUUUUUAAAUUGAGCUUGUCAGUUAGUCUCGCUGGGGAUAAUGACAUAUCGUAUCAAGUUUCCUGGUUGAAUUCCGAUGAGUUUGUUAUAUUAUUUUAUUUCAUCACUGGUGUUGCUUUACUUAAUGAGACAUACGGAGGAAAGAGCAAGGCAAAGAAGGUAUUUGAAAAGUGCUUAGAGGUAAUUGAGAAGCAACUCAAAGAGCUCACUCGUGUGACGCAAGGUUCGAGAGAUUUUCCUUUAAACCAGCUCAACAACAAGAUACUCAAAUUAAAUUUCAUCAAGUACCAAGUAAUGUAUUAUCAAGUUUGGGCCAAUUUUAUAAAAGGUGAUCUUGGCGACUUGACACCGCUCAACGAGUUUAUGACAUACUAUAACGAGGGAAAGUUUACAAAUGAAGAGCUAUGUUAUUAUAAGUUGUUAUUACCAAAGUUAUUUUAUAUUUUUGCCAUAUACUACCAAAACAAAGGGGACAUAAACGCAGCGAAGAACUAUUUUAUGAAGACUCGUAACUAUUCUAGUAGUCUUAAAAAGACUCGGGAUAAAAACGUACCGAUUUUGCAGUUAGCUUUGGGGGUUGGCAGUGAAUGUGUGCGAGCAGAGAAUAAUUUCAGCGAGUUAUACGUUUUUUCAACGUUACACCUUCUAAUUCUUAGUGAAUAUGAGUUGAGCACCUUAUCGAAGUGUAUGUCGCCAACUUUGGACAUAAAUAACUGCCACAAGUUUUGUACAAUAUUGUAUCAAGAUUUAUCCAAGGUAUUUAAUAACUCUCAUGAAGCAGCUUCCAACAGCUUUUCAAUGAGCUUCGUAAGUUCCAACCUGCUGCUCGAGUUUACGUACAAACUUCUUCUCUUCCUAUAUGACUCAAAAUUUUCUAAAGGUGAAAUUAAACAACUUGAAGGAUCUAGCUUUCCAUUCUUAGAGUAUUUGCAGCAGUAUCUCAUUUACAAGGCAUCAGGAGAUUUAGGAGAAAGGAACGAAUAUUUUCAAAAAUGCAUCGCAAACACUGCCGAAGGAGCUGGGUCAGAAUUGGAAAACGCAUUAAACAUAAUUGUUCUUCAAGAUCAUGCUACAAGGUUGCAAGAGAUGGGCCAGGAAGAGGAGCGCCGAAUAACCGAGACGAAAAUAAAGUCCAUAGAGGUAACGCGUAGUAAAAAAGUCAAGCUACUUGCCUCUGCUAACACCAUAUAA